AGAGGUUUUAACUCUAAGAGCCAAUAGUUACAGCAUUUGACUGGUCAUGAAGUUAUUGAGGAAAAAUACAGGUCAAACUUUAGUUCUGCCAGCAGGAAGAAGUUGUUUACAAUCUGUGAUAGCACCCUUAUGGAUGUAGUGGAGCUUCAAAAAUAUUAGACUAUGUGAUCUUAGCUUACCUCUCCCAGGUAUAUAAGGUAUUACUGUGUAUCCGGGGAAGAUUGUUCUCUAAAUCGAGAGACCCGUGAAGUAUAGAAUCGAUAAUGUUUCCUCAAGUUCAUCUACUGGUUAAAUAAAUCAGCACAGUACAUGUGGGGAGUGUACUUAAAUUUUUUUUCUUAAAAACUUGAGGUAAAAGCUAACAAUUCUUUGGAGACUAUUUUCAAAGACAUCUGCCUAAAAUACUUUCUUCUACACAUAAUAUUAACGGGAACAUCUAUAGUAGUGUGUAAAAGCUUUCACAAUGAAAUCCGAAGCCAAGGAUGGGGAAGAGGAGAGUCUACAAACUGCUUUCAAGAAAUUAAGAGUAGAUGCAUCAGGGUCCAUAGUGUCUCUGUCUGUGGGAGAAGGCACCAGCGUCAGAGCAUCGGUCAGAACAGCAGCAGAUGAUAGCAAGCCUAAAACUGCGUGUGCAUCUAAAGACAGUUGGCAUGGGUCUACAAGAAAGUCUUCCCGAGGAGCAGUAAGAACCCAGCGCCGUCGACGUUCUAAGUCUCCUGUCCUUCAUCCUCCAAAGUUUAUACAUUGCAGUACAAUAGCUUCUUCUUCCAGCAACCAGCUCAAGCACAAAAGCCAGACUGACUCCCCUGAUGGCAGCAGUGGGCUGGGAAUUUCAACCCCUAAAGAGUUCCAUGCAGGAGAAUGCUCUGCUUCUCUCGAUACUAAUCACACAGGGGCGGUUGUUGAGCCUUUGCGAACUUCGGUUCCGAGGCUUCCAUCAGAGAGUAAGAAGGAAGACUCCCCUGAUGCUACCCAAGCCUCCCAAGCAAGUCUCAAGGCCAAUGAUCUCUCUGACUUUCAAUCCGUUUCCCAGCUAAACCAGGGCAAGCCAUGUGCAUGCAUAGGCAAGGAGUGCCAAUGUAAGAGAUGGCACGAUAUGGAAGUGUAUUCCUUUUCAGGCCUGCAGAACGUGCCUCCAUUGGCCCCAGAGCGAAGAUCCACGCUUGAGGACUACUCUCAGUCGCUCCAUACGAGAAUUCUGUCUGGCUCCCCUCGCUCCUGUUCUGAGCAAGCGCGAGUCUAUGUGGAUGAUGUGACCAUUGAGGACCUGUCAGGCUACAUGGAAUAUUAUUUGUAUAUUCCCAAGAAAAUGUCCCACAUGGCAGAAAUGAUGUACACCUGAUAGCAGGAAGCUAACUAAUAUGCUUUAAACCAAUGAAGGGUUGUCAGAGAGAUGUAGUUAAUAAUGGCAGACCUGCGGCCACUUUGCGUGAGAAGACAUCUCCUCCUGCUCACUGUGCUUGCAAUAAAAACUUUUCUUGGCAUCUCAGUUAAUCUCCAUUCUUUAAACUUACUCUCUGAGUUCUUAUAUACCCAUCAAGGCAAGCAGAUCAAAGAGAAGUCCCUCUCAUUUACUAAUGUUUCGAGGGGUGAAGAAACGAUAAACUUGUUGACUGGUAGCAGUGGGUAUUUGGUAAAGCCUUUGUAAAAACAGUGCAUUUUUCAGAUGUGCUUAAGAUUUGGUGGCCAAGGAAAAUGCAAUGUGGUUUUGUGACUGGACUGAACAUUUGUCAUGCUGUAGUGGCCAGCCCAGAAUAUUAGAAGUGACAUGACUGAUUUAAGCCAUCUCUGAUUUAACGCAAGAUUUAUUGUGUCUUUAAAGGUUUCUUACGUUAUUGUUAAGCCAGAGAUCUAAGGUUUAGAUUCAAUAUGAAUAAAAACUAGCUGGCCUGCC